CAUUUUGGGAUUUUUGAUGGAUGCGCCUUUUUCCGUGUUUUUUUCGGAAAGGCGCCUUUUCCAGAAAAGUUGUUAAACAAAUGUGAAUUUGUGAAAAUCGCACCAAUUCGUGGUCGUGCCUGAAUUGCAUUAACGGAGUGCGUGUGCAGCUUCUUCUGUUUUAGGGCCUGUGCGUUACGAGAGGAGGCGAAGAUGUCGGUCGUCAUCGAAACCACAAUCGGCGAUAUCACCGUGGACCUGUUCGUGAAGGAGCGUCCUCAGGCCGCGCUCAACUUCCUGAAGCUGUGCAAGAUGAAGUUCUACAACUACAACCUCUUCCACACGAUCCAGCAGAACUUUAUCGCCCAAACCGGUGACCCGACCGGUAACGGCGACGGCGGUUGCUCGGUCUGGGGUCUCACUGAGGGCAGCGACAAGCGGUACUUUACCGGCGAGAGCGUACCGAAGAUCAAGCAUUCCGAGCCGGGACUGCUGUCGAUGGUGAGUGCGGGCGAACAUCUAAUUGGCUCGCAGUUCUUCUUCACCCUCGGUGCGGACCUUUCGUCACUCGAUGGCCAACAUAUCGUCAUCGGAGAGGUGAUGGAGGGGCACGAGGUGGUACGCAAGCUGAAUGAGGUGAUCUGCGACGAACGGCACCGACCGUUCAAGGACGUGCGCAUCACGCAUACUGUCGUGCUGGACGAUCCGUUCGAUGAUCCGAGUGGUUUACGGCCGCCGAGUCGUUCACCGUCACCGUCCGCCGAACGCCUUCAAGGUGGGCGGAUCGCGGCCGACGAAGAGAUUGACGAUCUGGACGGCAAGACCGAGCAGGAGAUUGCGGAAAUGAUUGCCGAGCGUGAGGCGAAGGCGAGGGCCACCAUUCUGGAGAUUGUCGGUGACAUCCCGGAUGCGGACAUUGCACCACCCGAGAACGUGCUGUUCGUGUGCAAGCUUAACCCGGUCACGGCGGACAGCGAUUUGCAGAUCAUAUUCAGCCGCUUCGGCAAGAUCGUUGGCUGUGAAGUGAUCCGCGAUAAGGUGACGGGCGAUUCGUUGCAGUACGCGUUCAUCGAGUUCGAGGAUAAAAAGUCCUGCGAGACGGCCUACUUCAAGAUGGACAAUGUGCUGAUCGAUGAUCGGCGCAUUCACGUUGACUUUUCGCAAUCCGUUUCGAAGAUCAAGUGGCGAGGAAAGGGUCGCGGCAUCGAAUUCGCCGAUGGGGCCGAUCGGCGCUCCUUCAAGGAUCACAACCGGUCGAAGCAGUCUCAUAACAAUAGCAACAACAACAACAACAAUGGCAGCAAACGACAGGCGGCAGCGUCUCCGAAGCAGCGUGAACGUGAAGUAUCCCGUUCCCGGUCGCGUCACUCACGCGCUUCUCGGUCGAAAUCACGCUCGGUUUCAGGAUCUCGUUCCGGAUCUCGUUCCCGUUCUCGGUCUCGUUCCCGCUCUCGCUCGAGAUCUCGUUCCUCAAAGCGUCGCUCUCGUUCCAGAUCGCAACGACGUCAACAUUCACCGGUACGCAACCGUGACCGAGAUCGGGACCGCGACCGGGAUCGCGAGCGGGACCGGGAACGUGAUCGUGAGCGGGAACGCGAUCGGGAUCGGGAUCGCGAUCGUAAUCGGGAUCGCGAACGAGAACGGAAGCGCAACGAAUCACCACGCCGCACCGGGGGAAACAAUCGUAGCCGGAAGGCGAACUUGACGAACCGAAACUCGGCCUAUCUGGAGCAACGGAAUGGCCGAGACAUACGGAUCAAUCAGGGCAAGGUGGACUACAAAAACCGUCCCUAUCCGAACAGCUUCAUUCAGCGAAAUGCUCCGAAAGAUAAGUCAGCGGCCGCCGCAACAUCACGGAAUCGGGGUGGCGGUGGUGGCGGUGCCGGAGCAGGUGCUCCUGCCGGUGGCAAACGACAGGACCUUCUUCCACCUCGCCGUCGUUCGCGAUCACGGUCACCGCGUGAUCGUCGCGGAGCACGACGUUCCCGGAGUCGCUCUCGCUCCCAACACCGACGUCGAAGCCCCUCACGUGACAGAAGACAGCGGUCAUCGUCGAGGGAUCGGAAUGGGCGCAAUCGGCAGCACUCGGAGCCGCGUAGCCCCGUGCGCCCCAAUCCACACCGAGGCCCGCCCGCCGGUACAACGGCCCGGAUGAGUCAACAAUCGGCCCCGAAAUCCUUUAGCCAAUUAGAAAAGGAUACCCGUCCCGGACCGGCCAAGCGACGCUCGGCUAGCACCGGAUCAUCUUCGCCCUCUGGUCGCGUCCAAAAGAAGAAGCAACGCCGGAACUCCUCUUCGGCGUCCUCGGACUCGGACUCGGACAGCAACUCAUCGUCGGCAGGCUCUGAAUCGUCGGAGGGACGAGCGAAGAAGCGGAAAAAGAAAUCGUCGAAAAAGAAGUCGAAAACCAAGAGCCACCGUAAGCGCCGGAGUUCCGGCUCGUCGGACGACGGCAAACAGCGGAAGCGGAAGUCGAAGGGCAAGCGGAAGAAAAAGAAGCAGUAAGGGCGAAUGGGAGGAGCGCAAGAGGACAAAUUUCACUAGAUGUUUUGCAAUGUACUGUGUAAUGUGGUCACCGAAACGCGAAUAAACCGCUAUCAAUACCAAU